ACUUCCGCCCGGCCGAGAAGCCGCUGGUCCUGCUUCCGGUUCCCGCUGCGGCGCGCGCUCAUAGCUCAGCGGAGUUGGGAUCAUGGCGGCCACGGCCACGAUGGCGACCUCCGGCUCGGCGCGGAAGCGGCUGCUCAAAGAGGAGGACAUGACCAAGGUGGAGUUCGAGACCAGCGAGGAGGUGGACGUGACCCCCACGUUCGACACCAUGGGUCUGCGGGAGGACCUGCUGCGCGGCAUCUACGCCUAUGGUUUUGAAAAGCCAUCAGCAAUCCAGCAGCGAGCUAUCAAGCAGAUAAUCAAAGGGAGAGAUGUCAUUGCACAGUCUCAGUCCGGCACAGGCAAGACAGCCACCUUCAGUAUUUCAGUCCUCCAGUGUUUGGAUAUUCAGGUUCGAGAAACUCAAGCUUUGAUCUUGGCUCCAACAAGAGAGUUAGCUGUGCAGAUUCAAAAGGGCCUGCUCGCUCUGGGGGACUACAUGAACGUGCAGUGCCACGCCUGCAUUGGGGGCACCAACGUGGGUGAGGACAUCCGGAAGCUAGACUAUGGGCAGCAUGUUGUGGCGGGCACACCUGGGCGUGUCUUUGAUAUGAUUCGCCGCAGAAGUUUAAGGACACGGGCUAUCAAGAUGCUGGUUUUGGAUGAGGCUGAUGAAAUGUUGAACAAAGGUUUCAAGGAGCAGAUCUACGAUGUGUACAGGUAUCUGCCGCCAGCUACACAGGUGGUUCUCAUCAGUGCCACGUUGCCUCAUGAGAUCCUAGAGAUGACCAACAAGUUCAUGACGGACCCCAUCCGCAUCUUGGUGAAGCGUGAUGAAUUGACUCUGGAAGGCAUCAAACAGUUUUUUGUAGCGGUGGAAAGAGAGGAGUGGAAGUUCGAUACCCUGUGUGACCUCUACGACACACUGACCAUCACCCAGGCGGUCAUCUUCUGCAACACCAAGAGGAAGGUUGACUGGCUGACGGAGAAAAUGAGAGAAGCCAAUUUCACUGUGUCCUCCAUGCAUGGAGACAUGCCCCAGAAAGAGCGUGAGUCCAUCAUGAAGGAGUUCCGGUCCGGGGCCAGCCGAGUGCUCAUUUCUACAGAUGUCUGGGCCCGGGGGCUGGACGUCCCUCAGGUAUCCCUCAUCAUCAACUACGAUCUACCCAACAACAGAGAGCUGUACAUCCACAGAAUCGGGAGAUCGGGUCGCUACGGCCGGAAGGGGGUAGCCAUCAAUUUUGUGAAGAAUGACGACAUCCGAAUCCUCAGAGACAUCGAGCAGUACUACUCCACCCAGAUCGACGAGAUGCCCAUGAACGUGGCCGACUUGAUCUGAAGAUGGUGCUGGCACACUGCGGCAUUGAACAAGAACACUUGUUUGUGCUCCUUUUGGAAACUAGUAGGAUAUUUAAUGGGGUUUAUAUGAACUCUCUUCUCAUACCCACCAGGGAGACCCCUGGGGGCUUUGCCACCUUUUCUUACCCACAUGUAAAUAAUGGAUUGCUUGAAGUCUUUUUCAUUAAACAUUGGAAUUUUCCCAUAACCGUGAGUGUAGAUUUUUUGCGGGGCCAGCAGCUUCCUGGUCUGGUCACCAUGGACAGACCGAGAGUUUCUCUCCUGGCUCCAUAGCGUCCACAAAUCUAACCUGAGGUGUUGAAGCACAGGGACCAGAGAAUCCACACAGCACAGCAGAAGGAAAAACACAGCGACUUCAGGUUGCAAAGGUAUCUUUAAAGUGACAGGCAAAGAACUGUAAAGUGGACCUGGCAUGAGUGAACAUCUGACUCUUCAAAUGACAUGAAGGCCGAGAAGCAAAGCACACAGUGGAGGAGGAGUUUGUGAAGUGCGUGUGACAAGGGUCAUGGGGUGUCUGAAGUGUGACCACCCACUGAGGUACUUCUUGGUACUUGGGUGCUUCUUAAAUUGUAGCUGAGUCCCUGCCAACAGCCCAUGCGGGCAGGGACACCCUGCAGCCCCCAGCAAGGAAAGCAGCCCCCGACACCCUAACCAGGUUGGAGCUUUGGAUCUGUUGGACUGCAGCAGAAUUAGUUUGUGUGACUUGAAGCUGUAAUUGCAAUAAAAGGUGUUAACAGCAAA